AUGGUGCAGUAUGCUGGAGCUGUUGUAUUCCCGAAUGAUACCGACACCAAAAUGAACUUUUUCAGCUGUAAUCCCGCAAAUAUCAUUACCGUCUCAUCCAUAGAGCUGUUCGAUCGGGAUGGUUUGACAAUGUAUCCGAUUAGAUUGGAAGAUCUGGCAUCUAUCAAACUGAAGUCUUACAAUAAUGGAAAUAUUGUAAAGCUUUUUUCAGAGUAA